UUCGCGUCUCUGCUCAUGGAGCGGCUGUCGGUGGACUACGGCAAGAAGUCCAAGCUGGAAUUUGCCAUUUACCCAGCCCCACAGGUGUCCACGGCCGUGGUGGAGCCCUACAACUCCAUCCUGACCACCCACACGACCCUGGAGCAUUCCGACUGUGCCUUCAUGGUGGACAACGAAGCCAUCUACGACAUAUGUCGGCGCAACCUGGAUAUCGAGCGGCCCACGUACACCAACCUCAAUCGUCUGAUCGGGCAGAUCGUGUCCUCCAUCACGGCCUCCCUGCGAUUCGAUGGGGCCCUGAACGUGGACUUGACGGAAUUCCAGACCAACCUGGUCCCGUACCCCCGCAUCCACUUUCCCCUGGCCACGUACGCCCCGGUCAUCUCUGCCGAGAAGGCCUACCACGAGCAGCUGUCCGUGGCCGAGAUCACCAAUGCCUGCUUCGAGCCAGCCAACCAGAUGGUCAAGUGUGACCCUCGGCAUGGCAAGUACAUGGCCUGCUGCAUGUUGUACAGGGGGGACGUGGUCCCAAAAGAUGUCAACGCAGCCAUCGCCACCAUCAAGACCAAGCGCACCAUCCAGUUUGUGGAUUGGUGCCCGACUGGAUUUAAGGUGGGCAUCAACUACCAGCCCCCCACCGUCGUCCCCGGGGGGGACCUGGCCAAGGUGCAGCGGGCCGUGUGCAUGCUGAGCAACACUACCGCCAUUGCUGAGGCCUGGGCCCGCCUGGACCAUAAGUUUGACCUCAUGUACGCAAAGCGAGCCUUUGUGCACUGGUAUGUGGGGGAGGGCAUGGAGGAAGGGGAGUUCUCUGAGGCCCGGGAGGACCUGGCAGCUCUGGAGAAAGAUUAUGAAGAGGUGGGUGUGGAUUCCGUGGAAGCAGAGGCCGAAGAAGGGGAAGAAUACUGAGUGGGAGUGCACCUGGCAGCCAUCCCUUUGUAUCGCCCUCCCUAUAACAUUACACGAUAUGUUUACUUAUUAAAGUUUCUGUAUUGAAGCAUC